CGUUACUAGAAUAGGGGAAUAGUCUGAUUGCGGCUGGAAUAUGCGAUUGAGAAACCGCUAACUAGGCAAAACGAUAAAAUCGUCACUUUGCUGUCUAAAGGUGUAAAGUUUGAGUACACUAUCAGCUUUCCUUCGCGCGCUUCUUCAAACAUGGCGUCGUCAACGACUUCUACCGCCUUGUUUCUCAAGUGGUACGUCUAGCCGUUUCAUACAGACUGGGCGCGCAUUCGCUUUUCCUUUCUUCGCGAUUCGCCAAGAAGCGACCGGCGACUUUAUAAAGCCGACUCUCGGCGAUGAGCUCGCCAUCAAAGCUAGGCAGCCGUAACUGCGUUUCUCCGACUACGUUCUACAACGGCACCGUAAAUGGGUGCACAUCGCAGCUGCGUACCUCGAGUCCGACGAAGCGGUCUCCUCGCAAGGUGUUCAACGGCGACAUCGCAAACGACCUAGGUGUUCAAGACGGAAGCGAAGUUUUCAGCAAGUACCCACGCUUAGUUUUGAGGCGGCUGACCGACGAAGAGGUUCUUGCCGCCACUGGUUACUCUCAGUGGAACGAGUCGGCGCCGGUACAAGAAUAUGAAGUGGAGGAUGUUCUGGAAAUAAAGAAAGAGAAGGGUCAGACAUGGUUUCUCAUCAAAUGGAAGGGCUGGAGUGAUAUCUACAACUCCUGGGAAACGGAAGAUGCAGUGCAGAAUUGUAUGGCCUUGGUACUAGAAUGCUGUGUUCGGACAAAUUCUAGCUAUAAGAAUAACUUGAUCCAGAGGGCAGUUCGACUUGUCUGCAACGCUCAAGACCCCGACAUUGCUGUUUUAAGCAAGCUUGCCGGCUUCACCGUACCGGACAACGGCUUCGUCCGGAAGCAGGACAUCAGCGAAAUGAGAAAACAGGUCCUGCGCCUGUCUGCACAUCGGCCAGGACAGAUGACACGAAUUGUGAAGGCGUUUGGGUCGUGGGAGGUGUUUGUGGCAACAGUCCAGGAGCGGUGUGCACUGGCCGACACAAUCCGCAAGUGGGAAACUUAUAUCCAGGUUGCCUCCGGUACAUACGAGGCCAACACAACGAAGCCUCUCUUGCGCGUAGAGAACUACGUUGACCAGGAGCCACCACCACCUGGCUUUGUCUACAUAAGGGACUUCCUGCCGGGACCUGGUGUCUCAUUCCCUGAUGACCCCAAGAUGGGCUGCAGCUGUGAGAACUGCUAUGUUGACCGCAAGGGCUGCUGCCCAGCAUACAAUGACGUCAAGUUCGCUUACACGGCCAGCGGCACCCUGAGCGCACCCUUCGGCAGCCCCAUCUUUGAGUGCAACCGCCUGUGCCGAUGUGACAUGAACUGUCCGAACAGAGUGGUGCAAAGAGGCUGCAAGAUUCCACUUACUAUCUUUAGGACAACGAAUGGUCGGGGGUGGGGCGUUCGGACAGAGCAGCGCAUCAGCAAAGGCACGUUUGUCAUGGAGUAUUUGGGUCAGGUGAUCACGGAUGAGGAAGCUGAGAAACGUGGCAAGUGGUAUGAUGACCAAGGAACGACAUACCUCUUCGACCUCGACUAUCACCUCCAAGAUGAUUCAAUGGACCAAGGCACAAUGUACACAGUGGAUGCUGGAACAUAUGGAAACAUCGCCCACUUUGUGAAUCAUUCUUGUGAACCAAACAUGGCUGUCUGCAUGGUAUGGAUAAACAACCUGGACCUCCGAAUGCCACGUCUGGCGUUUUUUACAAACAGGGACAUCUACAUUCACGAGGAGCUCACUGUGGACUACAAAAUGUCAUGUGGAGCAACAGAAGCAACGCCAGACUCCAAGAAGAGUCAUCCCCACAGUAAGAUCCGCAUCCCGUGCAAGUGCGGAGCAAAGAAGUGCCGAAGGUUUCUGAACUGAUGACGGCAACGAGGCAUAUUCAAGCUUCGCAUGGGAAAGUGGUGCAACCAUGAGAUGGAAUGGGUGCACUGUCAUGUGCGUGUGUGUGACCGUUCACACCCCCUCCUAACAUUGGCCAUUUGCAAUCCUUGUUUCGACCGGUUAUCACACGUUUAGGUCUGUGCAAUGGCCAGUGACUUAGUUCUCAUUACCUCGUGCUUUGGGCAACCAGACCAAGAUCAUCAUCUGAUAGCCCUUGUUGGGUUUCAUAUGCCAGCCCAGCUACAGUAUUGAUACUGCCACUGAUAUGGAAGUUCUGGUAAGGUCGUUUUGUUGCAUUGCCAUGGGCACAGGGCCACCCGUAUAUAAGGGGAGCACCUGAAGUGCCCAUGGCAGCUUUGUUUGAAUAGGUGUUGGCCCGUUUUUUAUUAGUAGGUGUUGUUGUAAUGCAUCACAGCAACAAUUUACUUCAAACAAAAUAAUUAUUUUGGACUGUUUACUGACGAGGGGGUUUCCCCGAAGAGCUGUGUAAGGCAUCACAGCAACAACUUACUUCAAACAAAAGAAUUAUUUUGGACUGUUUACUGACGAGGGGGUUUCCCUGAAGAGCCAACAACUUUGUAAAAGUGCUUGCAGAUGGUACAAGCAGUGGUAAAGUCUUACUAGACACAUCAUAGAUGCAUCAAGUUUGAAUGAGGACCAUUCAAAGGCGCACGAAAAAAAGAAACAUUGGGAGACUGUGGUUGAGGCACGUGAAACUGUAGUGUGGUCGACUUAAAUCCAUCUUCCGAUACACUGGCUGUACUGAACACGCAAGCAUGACAUUUCCUGUGUCUGAACUCCCAUUACCCAAACAUCCUUUCAUUUGUGCUCGCAUCCGAGUUGUUCUGGUCAUGUUUCGCUUGUCCACUGUAGCACAUUACUUGCAUAACUGUUUGUGGGUGAUGCAUUAAGAUAGUGUGAUUUACUUUCAUCCACAUUUGUUACACACUAUAGGACUGGUUUUUCUGCUCAGAAGAAAGCAGUGUUAACUGUGGCGUUGUCUUCGUCUUUUUUUUUUUUUUUUUUUUGGGGGGGGGGGGGGGGAGAUGCAGUGUGAAAAAGGUAUUUACUCUGAUCAGAGCUGUCAUGGUUUAUGUGGGUUAUUUUAUUUUUUGCCAUGUAGUUAUAACUCCUUUGACUAACAGUUAAAAAAAAUAAAGGUUGAUAACUUAUGUCUUCUUAUUCAGUGUGCUCGUCAGUGUGGCUGUUAUCAAGCACGAAAGAAUGAAUUCAUCCUUGCAGAUAAGGAUAUCUGACCUGGAACAACAAAGGCUUCCAGCUCUUAAUUUUCUCAUUGUAUUUUUUUUUUUUUUUGAAUCCUUAUGCCUGCUUAACUGAAAGUCAUCCUAAUCCCAUCAUGUCAUAUCUUUUCAAGGUUAUAAUAUUGAUAAAUUAGUAUACAUAAAUGUCAUAAAUGGCAUAUGGCCAGUCUGCACAGGUGUGAAGGCUUGUUUGUAUGGCUGGGCAUUAGAUAGCAAAGUACAAAUUUGGCUCCCUUUGCAAUGAUGAAACACCCAAAUGGUACGCUCGAGUUUACCAACAAAUAUACGAGAAGAAAAGAAAGCUUUGUUCUCUCUUUUUGUAUGUGUGUAAAAGACACCUCCACUUAUGAACUGCAGGAACAAAUAAUUCACAACAGGUGAAGUCAACAAACCGAAAGCAGCGAAGUCGCAAUUCUUUAAACUGAUGGUCAGGCCAAAACAAGGCAAAGUCGGAAAAAUGAUGUAGCAGUGUCUGUAUAGCAGUAAUGCAUUAAACUUGAAUGUAGCAGCUGGAAUUAAAUAGCAUGAGCUUACUGGAUGCAUUGUGCGGAUUCAGGGAUAUUUCUACCGCACAUGGGCAGUUUGGUGGGAUAGCUCUGGUUAAACUAAGAUAGAACAGCUCACAAAAAUAAAGGAUCAACACUCACACACUCGUGCCACGUUACAUUCUUAUCUGAAUACAGCACAACACUCUGCUGAGAGCAGACAGAAAAGAAGGAGCAGGGCGACUCUUGCUACAGAAUUAACAUAAAUGUCCGACAUAGUCAUGGCCCUUUUUCACUUAGUUACGUGAUGACAGGACUGACAUUGUGAUAAAACUUAAAAGGCUUGGAAAUAGGUACUGUCUGGUUACCCUUAUAGAAGUGUUAACCUGAUUUCUUGCGUAGUGUUGUUGAAGGACUUCAAAUGCUAUUUCUUUGUCUGUUGAUUGCUGCCCACUACAAGGUUAAGUGUCCAGCAUCUACAGCAUUCCUGGUUAUGCGAUAUGACUGACUAUGAUAACGAAGCAUAAAGACUUAUAGAGGUACAAGGUUCAAGUACCAUGUUACGUGCAAAACACUGUUUUUGCAAGAUGUGGUUGAAGGGAUUGAAAUGUUCUUUGCUGGAAUGUUGUUUAACAGAUGACUUCUGCAUUGUACAAGGUAAAAAAAAUGUUCAACACAUGCACUUUUUCGUUUUUGUUUACAGGUGAGUGCAUCUGUUACAUUUUGAUAGUCGCAGCUCGUUUGAUCUAGCUGCUGCCUUUUGCCGACAGAGAUCUUUUUUGGUGAAUGAGGUGUGGGCUAGAGAUGUAGUUUGGUGACUUAUGUGUCAUAUGUUUUCCAGCAGAAAGCUUCAUCAGGACUUGACAGAUCUGCCAUUGAAGUGCAUUACCGUGAGCUACUGGAAUUCAUUCACCAUAUGUAAUUUAUUUUCAUCUUCUUUGCGGUGAAUGUAACCUGACACAAGUUCAUUUUUCUGUCACAUUGUAGGUUUUGUUUAAAUAAACUCUUGUUACAUAGUGUUGAUAGUAAUUGCUGACCAUAAGUGCCAAUCCAAACCAUUAUUCUUAACAGUCCGUUGCUGGCUCUCAGUGUUAUAAAUGUGCUCACCUUCUUUUUCUUCUCUUUUUUAAGCUGACAUGCCAAAUUUAUCUUGAGAAGUAAUAAAGUUUGCCUGAUCUGAAUUACCUUUGUUUAAUGAAAUCUGCAGGAAAAAAGUUAUUGCUUUUUUUAAUUAAUAUUAUUUAGAAAAAUUCAAUUUGAAUCUAGUUAUGAAGUUUGAUCAUGUUUAAAUUGCACUCAACCUCUAAACAAACUGCGAUGUUCAAAGACUAUUGUAGUGUAAGCAUUGUUAGCAUUUGUGCGAUGCCUAUUGCAGCUAGCUUAUUGCCUAAUGAACUAAACUUGUUGACUCUGCGUAUGUAAAUUAGCUAUCACUGAUGAGGUGCGACGUCCUACGAGCAAGUUGUAUUUCGUAUCUGAAGUAAUGCAGAUAAGGCAGUUUGACAAAAAUAUUUUCUACCAGGCAGUCUAAGAAUAGCAGUAUUGUUUCAUAGUUUCACCACUCGCUGUGUGCCCUAAAAAUUUCAACAAAUUUUUGUGUGUGUGUUGGUUAAAAAGUUAGCCUUGUAUAUCUGAAUACGCUAUAUUGGCUGCUGUUGUGCCUUCUUGGCAAGGGCUACUCGUGGAGCCAGACCAUGUCAGUGUCAAGGCUAGUAAUGGCAAUUAAGCUGCACCUUGAAAGCAGCCUUUAGUUGCAUGUCAGAGUGCCAGGCAUAAAUAGCCACUAAACCAGCCACAGAAUAGCUCGAAAGUCCUUGCACCAAGAAAUACCGAAGAAAAACGCGCUACAGGGGACGCAGCACAUGAUGUCCUCUCUGCACGUGUUCACAAUUGUUGACACUACCCAACUCUGUACACAUUGAAAAUUUAUUCCAUGCAAACAUGUGCGAAAUGAACGGUGCAAAUUAAUUGCCCUGCAUCAUAUCUAUUCACUCAGUCAAAUGGUUACAGUAACUAUUACAUACAAAAGAAAUAAAUGACAGAUAAAGUACUAAAAUGUUGUGAAAUGUGAUGGACUAGAAGCCCUGUAACUGCAGUAAUGGAAGACGGGUAGGGAAAGGCUGCAUGGAGUGAUUUGGUGCAUUUUGAACCAAUCACUCCACAGUACUCAACUCUGGAAUGCCCGGUCUAAUCCUUCAAUGCUUUUUUGUUCAUAGCUUGGCUCAAACCCUCAACUCCGAGGCCUGAGCCACACUUUUCACUUAAGUGUAAUCCUGAUCACUUCAUGUUAUUCGUACUUAUCUGAGCCAGAAUUAUUUUGCUGAUAAGCACUAGCAUUAUGGCAGCAUAUUUCUGCAUUCUGCAAGCAUUGAACACCAUGCAUUCACACUGUUAUUAACUAUUACAACACCUACUACCCAGACAAACAAGUGAGAAAAGUCUAGUUUCAUCAAUCCCCAAGAAUAUGAGCACGGAACACCACCAAAGCAGAACAAAACCACGAUCAAAGGCUUUACAAAACAAAUAUGGAAGAAAUCCAGACCUGUAUUACAUGAACGUGUGAAGAGUGACAACAGACCAAUUCGCAAUAGUGGCCCUCAAUCAGUCCGCAGCGAUAACGGCCUCCAUUCGGACCCCUUCGACUUGCACCGCGGAGGCAGCAGCCAUAGUGCUGGCCCUUCGAGACGCAGAGGCAAAAUAGCAAUCUGCAUUGGUCAAGACGGACUCCCAGGCAGCAUGCUGUUCGCUCGUGAUGGGUACCGUCCCACACAAAAUCCACAGAAUGCUAGGCACCACCAUAGAAUUGCACCACGCGAUAAUGUGGUGCCCGGCGCACUCUGGACUUGAGGGAAUUGAGAGGGCGGAUUGAGCUGCUCAAGCAUAAGCAUCCGAGCACCAGUCGGUCCUUUCGAGGAAUUCCCCAUUCACCCACACGACAUCCUUGAAAACCAAAGAAAAGAGAGACAAAAAUACAGCCGCCCACACUCCAACCUUAUGGGAGAACAGGCCAGGGACUGGCGCCGUGUACAGACAAACACAUAUCCACACCUCCAAAUACUCGGCAAGAUACACCCUGCACUCUAUGAAGAUACAUGUUCUUGGUGCGGGGAGUGGUCAACUCUUGCCCACGUAACGUGGACGUGUAAACUAUGGCCUCCAAAUUCCAAUUCACCCCUUACUGCACAAGUGCCAAGUAACAGGCAGUGGGACGUUUGGCUUGCUAGCGAAGACCUAGAGAGCCAGAGAACUCUUCUCGAUCAAGCCCAGCGAACCGCAGAGACCAGUGGAGCCCUGGAUUGAGGGACCCACCCAAAACCACUAAGAGAAAUAAAGUUUAUACUACUACUGCGAUUGAAGGGGGCAAGUACACAUUAGGCCUGAAACUACCGUAUUUUCCGGCGUAUAAGUCGCAUUUUUUUUCAGAAUUUUUCGUCGGUGCGUCUUUUAGAACUGUGCGACUUAUAUACUUUUUUUUUUUUUUAAACUGCCGUCAAAAUCGGAUUGGAUGCUAUGGCCACGCGAAGCGCACUGGGUUGACCUCCUCUGCCACUUAAUUGCUACGGGUUCUUUACUACAACUGUCAUGCAAGACAAUUUGUGCAACAUGGUGAAGCUCUAUUUGGUUAAAUGAGUAGAAAAUGUGUGCAGAGGUUUCAAGAUGUCCUGCAUACAACAGAUUAUAAUUCCACACUUGCUCUAGGGCUAAAUGUUCUGUAAGGGCCCUAGUUGAAAUCUGAAUUUUUUUCAAUGGUGUCGCUGCUCUGAAAAUUCACACGACUGAAGAAUCUUCCUUGAGUUGCACUUGUUAUAUGAGCAUACUGGGGUUGUGUUUUCGGGCGAUCACUUGAUUUCAUGCGACUAGCGCCAGACGUGUCGGUGUCUGUGGGUGACAGCGUUCCUGGUAUAAUGACGAGUGUACUCUCUCAGCGCAGUGCCAGGAAAACUGCCACUCGUAGAUGUUGAUGCAUCCAGUGCCAUUCGUGUAAAAUCCCGUGAAAAUUAUCUCUAAAAGUGAUCGCCUGAGAAUACCACCCCUGGUUACUUGUGUUGCUUGGAAUGAGUGUCGUACAUGGAAACGAAAUGUUCCAUUAUUACAAAGCACUUCGUCUCUGGAAAAUCCAGCAUGGUGGCUCAGUGGCUAUGGAGUUCUGCUGGUGAGCAUGAGGUUGUGGAGUCAAAUCCCACUUCAAUGCAUGAACCAGUAUGUGUUCUUCUUCAUGCACAUGGGAGGCUUUUGUGUGGAAUAAGUUGUGAUGUUUCUCUUGAGUGGUUGUGGUCAUGUUUUAUGAACUGCAUCCUUUGUGUUCAUUGCUCGAGGUCUAUGCAUGUCUAAGCAUACAAGUGUGCUGUAUGAUGUUAUCAGAAGUAUGCUACAUGUACAUUCACUGUGAAGUCCUGCUGUGUGAAUGUGAUUUGGUGCCUGUGUUCUGGCACGUGGUACAAUACGAUAGCUUCUGCAAAGCAUACCAUAGGCUUGAAUUGGGAAGAGCCAAAUUGGUGCGCCCUGCAUUUCAGAGGCCACGCACAGGCUUUGCGGCGGCGGCAAUGCUAGAUGGCACCGAGUGUUCUUAGGGAAGCGCGAAAGAGGAAUCCCGCUGCAGUACACGCCUCAUACAUAACUCGUUUCGACGGUGGCAAUAUGUUGUGUCAUUAUAUUGAUUCAAUGCUAACGCAUUACCAUUGACAGUCUUUGUGAGAUGGAUUCUGCCGUAAUUUUUUUUUAUUUUUCCGCCUAUACUGUGCUGUCUCUGUAGGCAGUUUGCUCACUUAACUGUCCACUCUAAAACUGUUGCUCAUGGGACCAAUGAAGUUAUUGCUGGUGUAAUAAAAGAAAAGACUGUUUGUGCUUUUUU